CGAACAUUUAAAAACCGAUGGAUAGAGGGCAAUUUGUUUUGCAGAUUUUGAUGUCGAGGAAAUAGAACACAUUGUCAGAGCGGCCCUCCAUCCGGGCCUCGUUGAAGCCCGAAUGCAAAAUUAAUUUGACUCUCUGCUCUAGAAGUCCUUAUGGUCUAUUAGACCUAUCAUGUUAUAUUUUUUUCACUCACAGUGACUAUAUCAGAAUCUUAUCUGACUGCUCUCAUACAGUUUUAUGUUAUUUUUCAACAAUAUUUAUUUGAUCAGAGCUCACCGAUGUUCACAAUUGUUAGCCCACUUCUAUGAUUAGGACUACUAGGAAUUUAUAGUCGCCUGGCCUAUUACAAUAUACAAAACAUAAACGCACCUGCAGUCUUCAUUUUGUCGGCACAGGAACCCCUGUACCCUUCUCUUUCUGCUCCCUAAUCAUCCAGACAGACCAGCUUGUGCCGCGCCGCCAGCCAGCCACAAGCAAUAGGUAUUCUCUCCACAUGUCUGUGCAGGUUUAUUUUUUAUUUAAUUAUAUAAUUAUCGUUAUAUAACAGUUAAGAGUCAAGACAUCUGCACGUUUGACCGAAAACAGCUUGACAUUUUACGGAAACCUCCAAGCUCCUCCAUUGUCCCGCUUUCCAGACGCAUCCUAACAGUAAUACCACCACCUCCACUACCACCAUCACCACCUCCACCACUGACACGCCAACAUCACCCUUAUCAUGCUGGCAGUCUAGGCCUGUCUCCCAAGCUGUGUCCCACUCGAGACUGAGGCAGCUUCUCCCACGGAGCUCCACACCCCCAGGGGAACCACCACAGAGAUGGCUGAUUCCGACCCCUCGUCCCCCUCCGACCCACCACAGCCUCUGAGCUCCCCCCGUACUCCCCUCUCCCUGUCCUUCCCCUUCCUCAGGCAGGGAAGUCGGGUGUGGGAAAGGGAGAGGAAACCCCCCUUGAUGCCAGGCGAGCUACCCAGCCCUCUGCCCACCAAACGCACCCGCACAUACUCAGCGACGGUGCGGGCCAGAUCAGGCCCAGUGUAUAAGGGCGUGUGCAGGACCUUCUACAGGUGCCAGGGUCAUGGCUUUAUAAAGCCCUCCAACGGUGGAGAGGAUAUCUUUGUACACAUCUCUGAUAUCGAUGGGGAAUAUGUUCCGAUGGAAGGCGACGAGGUCACGUACAAAGUCUGUUCCAUCCCCCCCAAGAACCAGAAGAUGCAGGCGGUGGAAGUGAUCAUCACCCACCUGGCCCCAGGAACCAAGCAUGAGACCUGGUCUGGACAGAUCAUCAGCUCCUAGACCUCCACCUGCACCUUCAGAGAGGCGGUGUGGGGAAGAGUGGAGGGUGGGGUUGGGGAGGGAAGGUGGGAAGGAGCCUGGAUAGGUAAAGGGGAGGGAAGAGGGAGAAGUGGAGUCCAGGGUAGGGAGAGAAGGCAGGGAAGGAAGGAGCCUGGAUAGGUAAAGGGGAGGGAAGAGGGAGAAGUGGAGUCCAGGGUAGGGAGAGAAGGCAGGGAAGGAAGGAGCCUGGAUAGGUAAAGGGGAGGGAAGAGGGAGAAGUGGAGUCCAGGGUAGGGAGAGAAGGCAGGGAAGGAAGGAGCCUAGAGAGGUAAACGGGCAAGGGGAGCAGAGGAAGGAGUGAAUAAGUAAAGGGGUUGGAAUGUGGUAUAAGGCUUAAGAUGGUUUUACGUAGGUUUCAGUUGGAAUGUGAAUGAGGAAAAGUAAAUGAUUUAAUUUUAAGAAAAAAUAUCAAGGUUAACUUUGAUUUAAGAUUAAAGGUUGAUGGUUUAUUUAAGACAAUUUAAAAUAGCGGGAGUCGAGUAAGUUUAAUAAAUCACUGUUGUAGGGAAAACGUGAAACAGAGCAUCAAACCUUCCUAAAUUGUAUUGUUUUUAUUCAUACUUUUGAUUGAUUGACUUAUUUAUUUUCCAUUUGUUAUGACAGGUGAGGUAGAUGUUGUUGAUCAGAUUAUUUAUAAAUGUGUGUUUUUGUGCCAAUGUAUACCUGGUCUAACCCAUUACACAAUUCACUCUGAUGAUACUGCCCUGGUAACACCUACUCAUUCAGUCUAAUGUUGACCAAUGACCAUUUAUUCAUAUUUGUAACAGAGUUACUGAUGAUUGCUAUAUGUGGUUCAAACCCCACUUUUUAUCAUUAAAACCAAUGCUAUCCAGAUUAACAGACACGUCUUUUUAUCAUUAAAACCAAUGCUAUCCAGAUUAACAGACACGUCUUUUUAUCAUUAAAACCAAUGCUAUCCAGAUUAACAGACAUGUCUUUUUAUCAUUAAAACCAAUGCUAUCCAGAUUAACAGACGUCUUUUUAUCAUUAAAACCAAUGCUAUCCAGAUUAACAGACACGUCUUUUUAUCAUUAAAACCAAUGCUAUCCAGAUUAACAGACAUGUCUUUUUAUCAU